UUCUCUUCGAGGAUUCUACUCUGUAUAGGGUGAAUGACUCCUUGUCCUAUGUCCUUACAUUACACCACAUUGCUUUCCAUCUAUCGGCACUGCGCCGAGCGUGGGUGUCACGUCAUUAUGAGUUUCGCGUUUUGCUGUGCGGCUCACUUGCCGUAGUUCAUGUCCACCUACACAUCCAUGUGGAGCUAAAUGCUACACUUACUUACCGUAAUAACACACAGGUGGGACAUUGCGGGGAUUAAACAGUAGGCCUACCGCUCAGAAAUUCCUAGCGUCAUUUGCAUGUGUAUGUGCAAAGAUAACUGGAACAACAUCUUUGAUUAGCGGUUUUUUGCGCAAGACAAGAGCUGGGGGUGCCUUCUAUGCUGCCAAAAGUCGCCCAGCUGCUGUGCUUAACCGCGGUGAGGGUUUCCCUUCAAGACUUGAGAAAAGUCUCUUUCAGGGGACUGAGGACUAUGGAAGUUUUAAAAACAUCUCUGAACAUCAACACCUCCGAUGGGACAGGGGCACCCGUGGAUAGUGUGACGACCACCUCUCCAGCCAAUGACAAUCAAACUGGCACCUUAGAAGCCGGUCUGUUACCAGGGGAAACAGUGGUGAGGGAGGGCAAGGCAGCUAUUUUGUUUCCUAGUGCCAAUGAAGUUUUCUACAACCCUGUCCAGGAGUUUAACCGAGACUUGACAUGUGCGGUAAUCACUGAGUACGCCCGGGAGCAGCUGGCCCAGAAGGGGGUGCGGAUUGUAGUACCAGGCGAGAAGGACCGCGUGGUGGUGUGCCUGUCUGAAGACCAACAGUCCUCAGAGAACCAGGAGUCGACAGAGCAGCAGCAGAAGGAUGACGAGACGGAGAAGGAGAAGUGCGGGGACAAGACAGAGGUGGAGAGUGUCAUCACAGCCUCUGUUGGCCAGCGCUGUGAGCAAGGCUUGCGUGUGCUGGAGGGCUUGGCGGCGUCGGGCCUGCGGUCGGUGCGCUUUGCGCUGGAGGUUCCGGGCCUCCAGAGCAUCACGGCCAACGACUUCUCCGCCAAAGCAGCGGCACUCAUCGCCCGCAACGCAGAGCACAACGGUGUGGCUCACCUGGUGCAGGCCAGCCAGAGGGACGCCAGCAUGGUGAUGUAUGAAGCCAGGGGUAAGAAGCAGCGCUUUGACGUCAUUGACCUGGACCCUUAUGGUAGUCCCUCUCCCUUCCUGGAUGCUGCAGUGCAGGCGGUCAGUGAAGGAGGCCUGCUCUGCAUCACCUGCACAGACAUGGCCGUCAUGGCCGGCAACAGUGGAGAGACAUGUUACAGCAAAUAUACCUCCGUGUCCAUCAAGUCAAGGUUCUGUCAUGAGAUGGCAUUGCGUAUCAUCCUGCACAGCCUUGACCAACGGGCGAACGUGUACCAGCGCUACAUCGAGCCGCUCCUCAGCGUCAGUGUGGACUUCUACAUCCGCGUGUUCGUCAGGGUGCGCACGGGCCAAGCCAAGGUCAAGGACUCCGCCAGUAAGCAGGCCCUGGUGUAUAACUGUGUGGGAUGCGGCUCCUUCCACCUGCAGAGGAUGGGCAAAAGAAUGAGCCACGGCAAAAAUCGUCCUUUACUGUGUUUCAGUAUGAAGUACUCUGCAGCCACAGGGCCUCCUGUGGGACCCAACUGUGAGCACUGUGGCCAGAGACAUCAGCUCGGAGGGCCCAUCUGGGCAGAACCACUCCAUGAUGUAGAGUUUGUCCAGAAGGUUCUGUCAGCCGUGUCGGGAAACCCGUCCCGCUUCGGAACGUCCAAACGCAUCGAGGGCAUGCUCAGCAUGAUGACCGAGGAGCUCCCAGAUGUCCCUCUGUACUACACGCUGGACCACCUCAGCAGCACGAUGCACUGCAACACUCCGGCCAUGCUGCAGUUCAGGUCCGCCCUCCUCCACGCUGGCCACAGAGUGUCCCUGUCUCACGCCUGCAAGAACGCGGUGAAGACGGACGCCCCGCCCGGCGUCCUCUGGGACAUCAUGCGCUGCUGGGAGAAGGCCAACCCAGUGAAACGGGAGAGGCUGUCGGAGACGAGCCCGGCGUCCCGCAUCCUCUCCACUGAGCCCACUCUGCAGGCGUGCUUUGAUGUCCGGGAGGACGCCAAUCCCCAGUCUCGCCGGCGCCACCUGGUGCGCUUUCAGGAGAACCCACAAGCCAACUGGGGCCCCAAAGCACGGGCCAAAGCUGGUGGCGGCAUUUCCACCGAGCUGGAGGACAAGAGGAAGCAGUUCCAGGGGAAGAGGAAGAACCAGAUCACAGACUUGUCCCAGCUUAAGAACGUCCCCUGCAAGAGGUUCAGGAAGGGCACAUGCACACAUGGAGAGAAAUGCUGUUAUUCUCACGAGCUGGAGUCGGUGCCCGGUGAAGCUGAGAAGAUGGAAUGAGGGGGACACAGUGGACUACACACACACACACACACACACACACGCACGCACGCACACACAAACACGCAACACUUAUUUCACGUACACAUGCUCCUCUGUCCUCAAUGACGGCAUGGCCUGCUUAUGACUGCGUUUCCCGGAAUCCCUCAUUCUACGGGCAGCAGCUCAAACAAAGAUGUUGGCCUAUACUCAUACUGUAGUUAAUCAUUCAGCUUGCGUGUGUAUGCCGACCACUGACAGCACAGAAUUUCCAUGGGUGUAAGCAGCCAGGAAGAGGAACUGUCCAUCUCGGAUGCAUGUUGUGAAAUAGAGAGGAUGGAAGAGUCUUUAUUUUGGAACGAGCUAUAUGUUGUCACAUGUACAGAAAGGGGAUUAUGGUGUUUGAUUGUAGUUCCCCGUUUUUAUUAUUUUUUUUUUCUCGUUUUAAUUCCUUUUAAAAUCUGCAAAUAAAACCCCCCUGCUCUCUUC